UCCAUCCACGAGAUGGAAGACCCCUUGGAUCUGCGAUAUCUCAUGGUGAUGAAGGGUGCACCAGAGAGAAUCCUGGAACGUUGUGCCACCAUCAUGAUCAAAGGGCAGGAGUUACCCCUGGACGAGCAGUGGAAGGAAGCAUUCCAGACGGCCUACAUGGACCUCGGAGGGCUGGGAGAGAGGGUGCUAGGAUUCUGUCACAUCUACCUGGCAGAGAAGGAGUUUCCUCGAGGCUUCACCUUUGAUACGGAUGAGAUGAAUUUCCCGACGGAUGGGCUGUGUUUCGAUGGACUCAUCUCCAUGAUCGACCCACCCAGAGCCACAGUCCCCGAUGCUGUGGUUAAAUGUAGGACGGCUGGGAUCAGAGUGAUAAUGGUGACUGGUGACCAUCCGAUCACUGCCAAAGCGAUUGCUGGCAGUGUUGGCAUCAUCUCUGAGGGCAGUGAGACCGUGGAGGACAUUGCAGCUCGCAAGAGAGUUCCUGUCGAACAAGUGGACAGACGAGAGGCCCGUGCAGCGGUCAUCAAUGGGGGCCAACUGAAGGACAUGACAUCGGACGAGCUGGUGGACUUGCUGCGUACUCACCCAGAGAUGGUGUUUGCCCGAACUUCACCCCAGCAGAAGCUGAUCAUCGUGGAGAGCUGCCAGAAGUUGGGAUCCAUUGUGGCUGUGACUGGAGACGGGGUCAAUGAUUCUCCGGCCCUAAAGAAAGCGGAUAUUGGGAUCGCGAUGGGAAUCGCUGGAUCAGACGCAGCGAAAAAUGCAGCAGAUAUGAUCCUCCUGGACGAUAACUUCGCCUCGAUUGUAACCGGCGUAGAACAAGGGCGCCUGAUCUUCGACAACCUGAAGAAGUCCAUCGCCUACACGCUGACAAAGAACAUUCCAGAACUGGCACCGUACCUUAUCUACAUCACCAUGAGCGUGCCCCUACCCCUCGGUUGCAUCACCAUCCUCUUCAUCGAGUUGGCAACCGACAUC